AUGGCCCUGUCGAUUAAACAACAACUUCAGAAUCGGACGUGGACCAAGGGUUCAUACCUCAUAUCAACCGAUCGGACCCUGCUGCCCAUUCAAAAACUACAAGAGGUGUUUGCCUCUGAUGGCCUCUAUUGGGCCAAGCCGCUUCCUGCAGACGCUAUGCGUGAGAUGCUGGAGAGCUCGCUAUGCUUCGGCUUAUACGAGCAGUCCCAAUCAGACGAGACGGCCUCUUCUUCGCAGGCUCAGUUCAUCGGCAUAGCCCGCUGCAUUACCGACUAUGUCACCUUUAUAUACCUCACCGAUGUGUGGGUUGACCCCAAGUAUCAGGGGCAGGGGCUUGGAACAUGGCUGUUGAAGAGCAUCCAGGAGGUCAUCGAAGCAAUGCCUUAUCUGAGACGGAGCCUGCUGUUCACGGGGGACUGGGAACGGUCUGUGCCCUUCUACGAGAGAGUUAUGGGCAUGGAGGUGAUGCAAGGAGGGAAUGGACAAGGGUUGGCGGUUAUGGGAAGGAAGGGAAAGGGGCAUUCGAGUUAUGUGGAGGAUGAGAACUGA